AUGAGGUUCUCGUCCCAAACUCUGCUGGUGCUGUGCGUUGCGGUCACCUGUACGCAGGCCUUUACACCCUCGCAACGAACGUUGCGGAACCAAAGGCUCGCCAUGGCGGUCGACAGCGGUGACAGCGAAUGGUCCAAAGCGCUCCUGGAGAACUCUGGUUCCCAAAUCGACGCCUUUAACAAAGAAAUGAAGCUCAAAGGUCUCAUGCCGGAAAAGAACGACGCCAAUCCCAAAUUCACCGCCAAUACCAAUCUCAUACAAUGGCUCACGACGGAAGGCAACGUCUACCUUUCCGAAGAAUCUUCCUGGGGCGAAGCACCGCAUCCGCUGGCGAUAUCUACCGAGACCAAGGACGAAAUCACUAACGAAAGCUCCGGACGGGGUUUGCUCGCGCGUCGAGACAUUAACGACGGCGACGAACUCUUGCGAAUUCCCAUGGCCCUCUGUAUGACCAAGAGUGCCGCACGCAAAGCUGUCGGGAAGGACGUACUACCGUCCGAAAUUAAUGAAUAUCUCGCCAUGGCGUGCCAUUUGAUUUACGAACGGAAUGUUCGAGGUGAAGAAUCGCCCUGGAAGCCGUAUCUGGAUGUCUUGCCGGAUAUUGACGAAGUCAACCCGACCUUUACCUGGCCCGACGAGGACUUGGCUUUUUUGAACGGCUCGCCCGUCAUCGCCGCAACCAAAUCGUUGCAAAUGAAAUUACGCCGUGAAUACGACGCAUUGCUAGGCGGGGAAGACGGGCUCCUGGCGAAAUACCCUGACCGAUUCCCCGCCGAGGCAUUCAACUUCAAAGCCUGGGAGUGGGCCUUUACCAUGCUCUUUUCAAGAGCCAUUCGGCUGCGGUCUUUGAAGCAAGGUGAAACGCUGGCGCUCGUCCCGUAUGCGGAUCUGAUCAAUCACAGUCCAUUCUCCCAGGCCUACAUUGAUGCUCGGCAAAACGGCGAUUGGCUCUUUAAGUCCGGCGACGAAGAAGUGAUUCUGUACGCGGAUCGCGGCUACCGUCGCAUGGAACAGAUUUAUAUUUCGUACGGUCCCAAAUCUAACGCCGAAUUGCUCCUACUCUACGGCUUUGCCGUGGAACGUAACCCGUUCAACUCUGUCGACGUGACCGUUUCCAUUGCACCCCGUACCGCAUCCUUCGUCAAGGAGCUCGACGACGAUACCAUCCCCGUUGACCCGCUGGCGGAAGAAAAGGCCGCCUUUCUGGAACAAGUCGGUCGAGAUGCGACGGUCGACUUUCCCUGUUACGCCGAUCGGUAUCCCGUGGAAAUGCUCGAAUAUCUCCGACUUAUGCAAAUGACGCCGGAAGAUACGCGCGGCAAACCACUCGCGGAAUUCGAUUAUUCCCGCACCAUUUCGCUGGGCAACGAAGCGGCCGUCUUGACUUCCGUAAUUACCGCCGUAUCGCGGCAGUUGUCGAAUUACCCGCAAAGUGAAGAGGACGAUGCCGCCCUUAUCAAAGACAAGUCCCUCUUCCGUCUCUUGUCGUACAAUCAACGCAUGGCGGUCCGGCACCGCCGCAACGAAAAACGCCUGCUAAAACGAACGAUCGCCGCGCUCGAAAAGCAGCUCCAACAACAAGGACUGGAUGUCGAAGAUUUGGCGCGCGCCGAAGGUAGCACACUGGGGCAGGUCCUACCAGGAGAUCAGCGUAAGUACGGCAUGAAGCAAAAGACGUCUCUGGAAGAUCGAUUGCAAAAGAUGGGACUGCCGGUCGACUUGCGAUAGAAAUACAAAUUCAUGUACCUAAACGAUAGUAUGGAUGAUGGGACUAAUUGCACUGUAAUUGUAGAACCUUGUAAGAGGAAAAAAUGAUCUU